GAUAAAUCACUAAUAUCCAAAAAAACGACUUCCGAUAUUACAGAAACCAACCAAACUCCAUCUUCGGUUAAACUGGAACUCAAGUUUUGAUUUUUUUUAGAUGGGUCGUGCUCGAACUCGUUCCGGUUACAUCUCCACCGCUUUAGGAUCCUUCCGGUCUCUGUUUCCUCGCAACCUCCGUACUAACAACAUGAAGAUAAAAACAGGAAAGUUUUUAGGAGUUUCGGUUUCACUGAUUCUGAUAAACCUAGCUGCGAUCAUGGAGCGAGCAGACGAGAAUCUACUGCCUUCGGUUUACAAAGAAGUGAGCGAAGCGUUUAACGCAGGACCGUCAGAUUUAGGAUACUUAACAUUCGUUAGGAACUUUGUUCAAGGACUCGCUUCGCCGUUAGCAGGAGUUCUCGUCAUUACCUAUGAUCGUCCCAUUGUUCUUGCGAUAGGUACUCUCUGUUGGGCUUUGUCUACUGCUGCCGUUGGAGCUAGCAACUACUUCAUUCAGGUUGCUUUAUGGAGAGCAGUGAAUGGGUUUGGAUUAGCUAUUGUGAUACCGGCGCUUCAGUCGUUUAUAGCAGAUAGCUAUAAGGAUGGUACUAGAGGAGCUGGUUUUGGUUUGUUGAAUCUCAUUGGUACUAUUGGUGGUAUUGGAGGAGGUGUUGUAGCUACUGUUAUGGCCGGUUCUGAGUUCUGGGGUGUACCGGGAUGGCGUUGCGCUUUCAUCAUGAUGGCAACUCUUAGUGCUGUGAUUGGGUUACUAGUUUUUCUCUUUGUGGUUGACCCCAGGAAGCACAUUGAACGAGAGGAGCUAGUGGUUCAUAAGAUAUCGGUUUGGAAUGACUCAUGGGCAGCUACAAAGUCGGUGGUGAAAGUAAGGACGUUUCAGAUCAUUGUCUUGCAAGGAAUCGUUGGUUCGUUACCUUGGACUGCAAUGGUUUUCUUCACAAUGUGGUUUGAGCUUAUCGGUUUUGAUCAUAACCAGACAGCAGCUUUGCUUGGAGUGUUUGCGACCGGAUGCGCUAUAGGAACCUUAAUGGGAGGCAUCAUUGCUGAUAAGAUGUCAAGGAUUUUUCCGAACUCCGGUAGAGUGAUGUGUGCGCAGUUCAGUGCCUUCAUGGGGAUCCCAUUCUCAGUUAUCCUUCUGAAAGCAAUCCCACAGAGCAGAGAAAGCUACUUGACCUUCUCCAUCACUCUCUUCUUGAUGGGUCUCACCAUAAGCUGGUGCGGUUCAGCGGUUAACGCGCCCAUGUUUGCCGAAGUCGUCCCUCCCAAGCACAGGACGAUGAUCUACGCGUUCGACAGGGCUUUCGAAGGCUCUUUCUCCUCGUUCGCUGCGCCUUUGGUUGGGAUCUUGUCUGAGAAGAUGUUCGGGUAUGAUUCCAAAGGUAUUGAUCCUUUGAAAGGCUCCUCCGUGCGUGAAGCUGAGGCUCUCUCCAAGGGGCUGUUGUCGAUGAUGGCUGUCCCCUUUGGCCUCUGCUGUCUCUCUUACACGCCUUUGCAUUUCGUUUUCAAGAAAGAUCGAGAGAACGCGAAAACAGCGAGUUCUAAAGACGUUGAAAUGAUCUGAGUUUUGCUUAUGUUUUUUGAUUCUUUCAAAUACCACAGCAUAAAAGCAUUGAAACCGAGACCGAAUCAAACUGAACAGAAUGUUAUACAACUCAUUCGAAUGUAAUUUUACAGAAGCAGGCAAACAAGGGUCCUUUGAGAAUAAGAGAUACAAUG